CCACAGACACUGUAAAUUUGACCACAUUAUCUUCUCCAAAUAAUGCGAAGAAAUGUUUUGGUGUUUUUUGGUUCAUUACAAGUAAGUAAAUAAGAUUUGAAUGAUUAUGUUGUUAGUACAUGGUUGUUACUAAGGACAUUGUCUAUUCUUCGAUUGCAGGCUACGUCAUAGCUAAUUAAAAUUCACCCUCGAAACCGGAAGUCGGCCAUUAUGGUGGUUUACGUGACGGAUAUCAGGUCAACAUCUUAUUCACGAGGUCAACAAUCUCUAUUGAACUUGCAGCGUUAUUAUACUCUGUUUAAUCCGUUAUGCCUUAUCAUUGUGCAGUGAAAGGAUGUGCACAUAACAGCUCGCGUCAAAAAGGAAAUUGUAAGUUUUUUAGGUUCCCAAAAGUUAUAGAGAACCAGGGAAAUCAGUGCAAAACCAUAAGUGAGGAUAGAAGACGAGAAUGGAUAGCAAAUAUAUAUAGGGGAGAUUUGAAGAGCAUAAAUCUGGAAAACACAAGAAUAUGCGGUUGUCAUUUCAUUUCUGGCGAACCGGGAAAACUCUACGAUCGCCUAAAUCCUGACUGGGCCCCUACUCAGAAUAUGGGGCAUGAUCGGAUAUCUUCACAAAAAGUAGCUGCUUCAGUCCAAAAAUAUGAAAGAGCAAGUCAACGGGCUAGCAAGAAGCGAAAGGCCGAAGAGAUGCAGAAAUCAGAAACCCAAGAAAAGCCGCCUUCGCUGGAUGUACAGACAUCGCCAUCUAGCAGCAUCGAAARUCCCCACUUGUCCGAUUUUAAUUCUUACCACGAAUCUCAAGAUGAAACAGAGAACACACAAGUAGCAUUUGAAAAUGAAUGGAACAAKGAUUGUAGCUGUCAGACUGAUUCUGUGACAGUGGCCAAUUUUAGCUGUCAGACAGACAUUACAAUGGCUGACCUAUCCUGCAAUGAUAUUUACAUCAACACUGUGAYGCUUGAGUUACAAAAUUUGAAACAGCAGUUAAGCAGUUUACAAUUGUCAGAGGAUAGCCUAAGGGGGAAUGAUGAAAAAACAAAAUUUUAUACUGGUUUACCAAAUUUUCUUAUUUUAAUGCAUAUAUUUCACCUAGUAGCACAGAAAGUGUCAACAACCUGCAACAAUGCAUUGAACCAAUUCCAGGAGUUUCUUCUAGUACUGAUGAGAAUAAAGUUAAACCUACCCUUUCAGGAUCUUGCUUACCGCUUUGGUAUCUCCCAAUCUACAGCCACCAGGAUAUUUUAUAGGUGGAUCAACAUUAUGAGCGAUAGACUAGAUUUUCUUAUUAAGUGGCCAGAACGAGAACAGUUGAGGAAGACAAUGCCCUUAGUUUUUCAGCAAAACUUUGGGAAAAAAGUUGCAGUCAUUAUUGAUUGCUUUGAGGUGUUCAUAGACCGACCGUCUAGCUUGAUUGCUCGAGCAAUGACAUGGUCAAAUUACAAGCACCACAAUACAGUAAAAUUCCUCAUAGGUAUAACCCCUCAGGGUGUGAUUUCCUUCAUUUCAAAGGCCUGGGGAGGUAGAGUUAGUGAUAAAUAUCUAACUGAAAAUAGUAAAAUGUUGCGCAAGCUUCAACCAGGGGAUAUAGUACUUGCAGAUAGAGRGUUCGAUAUUGAAGACAGUGUUGGUUUUUAUCAGGCAAGGUUGCACAUCCCAGCUUUUACAAGGGGUAAGAAACAACUCUCUGCUCUAGAAGUAGAGCAGACACGCAAAAUAGCAAAUGUGCGCAUACAUGUCGAGAGGGUUAUAGGGCUUGUAAGAAGAAAAUUUGUUAUUUUACAAAGUACACUUCCUGUAGAAGCAAUAACAGCAAAGCCAGGUGAUAGCCUUGCACCAAUAGAUAAG